AUGCACGCCGCAGUCUACAAGGACCAGGCGAAGCACGGCGGCAAGCUCAAGGACGUGACGCUGCAGAAGUUCAGGCGGCAGAUCGACGUGCUCAACGAGCUGAUGGAGCCGCUGACGCCGCCUGCCGACAAGACACUGUGGCACCCAACCCUCGAGAAGGUGAAGCCCCAGAGGAUAUUCAUGCAGCUGCUCGACUACUCCAAGACCGCCAACGGGCAGCCAGGUCCGGACGUCUCGGACGGCAUGCUCUACGUGGUGACUGAGCUGGCACAGUACAGUCUGAAGGAUUUCCUCUCCCAGAGGCGCGAGACGAAGAACCCGCUCUCUGCAGAGGAGGUCAAAAACGUGGCCAAGGCGAUCGUCAUCGCCAUGGCAGGCCUGCAUGCCAAGGGCUUCGUUCAUAUCGAUAUGAAGCCGGAGAACAUGAUGAUGUUCAAUGGACGCUUGAAAGUAAUCGAUGUCGACGGCUGCGUCAGGGCGGGGACCAAGAUCUCCAUCCAAGACUCCUCGAUCUCGUUCUCUCCGUGCUACUGCUCCCCAGAGUGGGCCAAGUUUCUGAUCAAGGACAACCAGCCACUGAUCGUGGCGAGUCCAGCGCUGGAUGUCUGGAGUGUUGGCAUGACGCUGUGCGAGCUGGUUUCGAUGGACGCUAUUCUGAAGCCGCAGUACGCCAACUUCUUGCGAAACGCAUCCUCCCACCGAGAGGCUGGCUUCAUGUUCAUGGAGUGGCUCAGCGGCGUGAAGAAGGCGCCCGUGCCGCGCAGCGUCGAGAGGUUCGACAAGGGUCUCUUCGAGAUGAUCACCCAGUGGCUGCUGAUCAGCAACCAGGCCACUAGGAAGAGUUGCGCACAGUCGCUAUCAAGCCCAUACAUAAGCUCCAUCGGUGACUCGAGUGAGAAGGACGACAGCCACACCGCCAUCAGCCAGACAGAGGCGCCUGUCCGCAGAUUCCGGAAUCGGCCCGAGGACUCCUCGACCGAGAAGCCGCUGUACAGGGGCACCCUCUGGAAGCUCAACACCAACGGCGACCCCAAGGACGAGAACCUGUGGAUCAAGCGCGACAUGUGGAUCGCCGCGAACCACAGCCUGUGUUACUUCAGCGUGAAGGAGAACAAGCGCCUGGUCCUCAUCGACGGCAUGAAGCUGACCACCGGCACGGUGCAGAUGGCGAGCGGGUUCGCCAAGCCCUUCGCGUUCGAGGUGACCACGAAAUCUGACGCAGAGGAUACCGAGAUGGACGUUUACCGAUUGGCGGCCGAGUCGGAGGAGUCACUCGGCGUCUGGACGAAGACGCUCAAGAACGCUUCCCAGACGGACAUGGUCGUUAGCAUGAAGCUCGGCGCCCAGAUGGCCAAGGACAUCGAGGCUUACAAGAUGACGGUGAAGAACCGCAGAAUGAAGGUAGACGAGGGGGAAGCCCAGGAGCAGUACGAGCCCCUCUUCAAGGGAAAGCUGAGGAAGUUGAAGACGGAGGGCGACCGUCAGAAGAAGGAGGACUGGUUCGAGCGCGAGAUGUGGAUAGCAAAGAAUGGUUGCUUAAUGUAUUACAGCCCCAAGGAGGAGCGCGAGCUCAUUUAUUACACGCAGUCGGACGUGGCCAGAGCGAAAGUGGAGAAGAUCAAUGAGGGGGAGGCCUGUCAUAGCCACUGUUUCCGAGUGAUCCUGCCCCCCGCCAACAACGUGGAGUUCACGCCUGGCGAAUUUUCCGCGGAUUCUGAGGGCAUCCGGCAACAAUGGCUGGAGCAGCUGGCAAAGUUCCGUGCCUAG